UUCUACGAGCUGGGCCGGGCGGGCAAGCCGGCCCGGGGAGCCGAGCCGGGAGGCCUGGGGGAGCCGGGCGCCCCCGCCCCUGCCAUGUACGACGACGAGAGCGCCAUCGAUUUCAGCGCGUACAUCGACUCCAUCGCCGCCGUGCCCACCCUGGAGCUGUGCCACGACGAACUCUUCGCCGACCUCUUCAACAGCAACCACAAGGCAAGCGGCGCGGGCGGCGCAGGCGGCCUGGAGCUGCUACCCGGCGGCCCCGCGCGACACCCCGGCCCCGCCGUCCCGCGACAGCUCAAGCGGGAGCCGGACUGGGGCGACGGUGACGCACCCGGCUCGCUGCUGCCCGCGCAGGUGGCCGCGUGUGCGCAGACGGUGGUGAGCCUGGCGGCUGCUGCCCAACCCACACCGCCCACGUCUCCGGAGCCACCGCGCAGCAGCCCGGGGCCAAGCCCCGCGCCCGGCCCUGCGCGAGAGAAGUGCUCCGGCAAGAGGGGCCCAGACCGCGGCAGCCCCGAGUACCGGCAGCGGCGCGAACGCAAUAACAUAGCCGUGCGCAAGAGUCGCGACAAGGCCAAGCGGCGCAACCAGGAGAUGCAGCAGAAGCUGGUGGAGCUGUCGGCCGAGAACGAGAAGCUGCACCAGCGCGUGGAGCAGCUCACGAGGGACCUGGCCGGCCUCCGGCAGUUCUUCAAACAGUUGCCCAGCCCGCCCUUCGUGCCCUCUGCCGGCGCCACUGACUGCCGGUAACGCGCGGCCCGCGCCGGGAGACUCUCCCACCAACGACCGAUACCUCAGCCCCGACGGCCCGGAACGUGAGAGCCGCCGGCGCCGGCUCCAAGUUCUUUGGGACAAGUGAGAGAAAGGAAGCUACACCUGGACUUACCGCCUCUGAACCGCGAGAGAAGCUAUACGUGUUUAUUUUCCCUUAAAUUAUUUUUAUAAUGGUAGCUUUUUCUACAUUUUACUCCUGUUGAUGCAGCUAAGGUACAUUUGUAAAAAGAAAAAAAGACUUUCCAAACAAACUUUGUAUUGCAGAUAAAAGGUUUUUAAGAGACUGAGCAUGCUCAUGUUUUUAUAUUAAUUUUUACAGUAUUUGUAAGAAUAAAGCAUUUAAACUCGC